UGUAACAACAAAAUGUCGACUGGAGUCGGAAAGCAUAAGAUGACGUCCCUCGGACCGACAGAGCCGUGGUCGGUCCGGGAGAAACUGUGCCUUGCGUCUUCUGUCAUGAGAAGUGGAGACCAAAACUGGGUGUCUGUCAGCAGAGCAAUCAAACCAUUUUCUGAGCCUGGACGACCCCCGGACUGGUUUUCACAGAAACAUUGCGCCUCCCAGUACUCUGAGCUACUUGAGACCACAGAAGCUCCAAAGCGGAAGCGUGGAGAGAAAGGGGAGGUGGUGGAGACCAUAGAGGAUGUGAUCGUGCGCAGACUUACGGCAGAGAGGAUUGAGGAGCUGAAGAGGCUCCUCAAAGAGACACAGGAGAAGUACAGGAAGCUGAAGAAAGAGGUGGAUUUGAUCCAGGCGGGACAUAUGGACUCUAAACUGGAGGAGCUUUGGGGAGAAAUUGAGCAAAAGAAGAAACAGGAGGAUGAGGAGGCGGAGCAAAAGAGGAAAGCCACAGAAGCAGCCUAUCAGGCUCGCCAGGCUGCCAAAAACACACCAAAGAGGCUGCCCAGCGUCACCGUGCGCUCCCCACUGGGAGCCAGCUCUCCAGGCAUUGAGGUCACCCUCCCAGAUACUCCACAGCCUAUGGCAGACGAGCCCUGCACCAGCCCUAUGGCUCAGGGUGUAGCAGCCUUUGUGUCUGCCACAGAGGCUCCUGGGCCUGGUCCUAAAGAGGGAAGCCUGGGGACUCUGGUAGAUGACUCCCCACAGAAGAAGCUCCUUAUUCAGAAGGCUACCCCACCACCAUCCCCUCUGCUCUCGGAGCUUCUGAAAAAAGGCAGCCUGAUAUCGGCCAGCCCCAGACUGGUUGUUGAGGGAGAGGUUGCUACAGCCCUCAGUAACGGCUCUCACAGCGUUGAAGUUACCACCACAACAACCACCGCUGCCACCGUCACUGCUGCACCUGUUCCUACCAGUCAAGAGAUAGCAGCAGAUGCGCCAACAUUAUCCCGCCUACUGGAGUCAACACCUUCGGCUCAGUUUCCCACCACUGCAGAGCCCCCCUCCACCCCUUCAGCCACCACUGCAGAGCCCCCCUCCACCCCUUCAGCCACCACUGUAGUAGCCCCCCCUGCUCCGGACCACCAAGCUUUAACCAGCGCAGGAGCAGUAGUAACAACAGAAGGCUCAAGGACGGAGGGUGUGAUAGGGGUGCCCACUCCUUCACAAGCAGAGGGGAAAGAGGGAGAGCUUGUGGAGGAGGACCUGGUGGCUGUAUCUUACAUGGGAGAUGAGCUGGACUUGGAUACAGUGGGGGACAUCAUUGCCAUCAUAGAGGAGAAGGUGGAUGACCCUGUGGAUGCUCUGGAUGCCGCAGCAGUAGAGGCUGCUCUGUCCCUGUGUGAGGAAGCAGUAGCCGGAGGCCACAGUCUGUCGGGCCCCUGGGAGUCUCAGACGUUUAAGUCAGUGGAACAGCAGGAGCAGGAACCCCAGGAGAGCACAGUCACAGCGACCGCGCAGGGGCCUGAAUCCGCAGCCGUAGAGAGGGAGAUGGAGGUUCUGGUUGAGGACGCGGCCGAGGGGGAGAGUCAGGAACCGACAGAACCUGACCCUGCUCCCACUCCUGGACCUGAUGAAGGGGUAGCUCAAGAAUCAGAACCAAAAACAGAAACACAGGGACUAACAGAAGGAGAAGAAGAAAGAGAAGGAGUGGUUGAGGAAGCAAAAAUGGAGAACAGAACGCCCAGUCCGUCUGUCAAGUGUGAGAGUGAAGAAUGGACACAGCCUGAACCAGAAACACCCUGUUUAGAUUCAGAAGACAGCUCUGGAUCAGGAAAAGACUCUAAGGAGGUAAAGGAUGAGGAUGGAGGAAGUGAGGUGGACGGUGAUGAAGGGAUGGAGCUGAAGGAGUGUGGAGAUGGGGAUGGAGAGGGGCCGUAUCUGUCUGAGGUGGAUCCUCCUGCCAGUGAGAGUGAAGAUGGCUAUGGCACCAAUUCCCAGCGCUACACUACAGCGGACUCCACCGCCAGCAGCCCUGCCUCCUCCCAGUUCUCUAUGUGCAGUGAGGAUCAGGAGGCUUUGCAGGCCCAGAAGAUCUGGAAGAAAGCCAUCAUGCUCGUGUGGCGGGCAGCAGCCAAUCACAGGUAUGCAAGUGUGUUUCUACAACCUGUAUCCGACGACAUCGCCCCUGGUUACCACAGCAUUGUGCACAGGCCAAUGGACCUAUCAGCCAUUAAGAAGAACAUUGAGUCUGGUCAGAUCCGAACCACAGCGGAGUUCCAGCGUGACAUCAUGCUGAUGUUUCAGAACGCGGUGAUGUAUAACAGCUCGGAUCACGACGUGUAUCACAUGGCUCUGGAGAUGCAGCGGGAUGUUCUGGAACAGAUCCAGCAGUUCCUGGCCACUCAGCUCAUCAUGCAGACGUCAGAGUCCGGCAUCAGCGCCAAGAGCCUGCGUGGCCGAGAGAACAACCGCAAGCAGGACUCGAACGAGAAGGAUGGAGGCACCAGGGGGCGCAGGAGUGCCAUUGAGGCUGAUCUCAAGAUGAAGAAGUAGCUGAUCCGCGAGGUCCACACUACACACACACUGGAACUUGGAGACUCAUGGAGUUGGUCAAAGUGACUUGAUCAUUUCAUUUCUGGAGUUAAUUUCAAUCUGACUUCUUCAUUUCAGGGACUUUCAUCUGCAGCACCUGUUUUAAGGAAUGUAGUAUCAUGGCCACAAAAUCAAAUGAAGAGGAUCGUUAUACACAGUCUGAAUGUUAAAUGUAUAUGCUUUAGAACCAUGAGUUACAGAACUGCAGUUCUCAAGAGUUACAUUAGUAUAAGCUGUCAGACAUCAUCUUGACUAGCUUUAACGCUGUUCCUUACUGGAAAAGGAUGGAAACUGUAGCCUCUCGUUAUUGCGGUUUUGUACCUCACGGUCAGGAUAAAGGCCUGCUGUAUAAUAUUUUCUUUUGCCAUCUACAAAGAGAAGCUGCAACUUACUAUAGUGUCCAUGUGUCCGGCAAUAUGUUAACAUGGAAAGUGGAGAGUGGUUUUGUACAGGAAAUGUUUGUGUACAGAUAGUGUUU